AUGAAUAGGCAGUGCUUGGAGAACAUAUGUGAAAUAACAGGUUACAAAAAAGGGACUAUGUCAUUCAGGUACCUAGGAGUUCCUAUAGUUGCAAGGAAACUGAAGGCAAGUGAUUGUGAAAUGUUGGUGGAGAAGCUAAGUACAAGAAUACACUCAUGGGGCUCAAAGAAUCUGUCGUAUGCAGGGAGAGCUGGAAAUAGUAUAUCAAAUAAGGUAUCACUUGUGGCUUGGGACCUUGUGUGUAGGACAAAAAAUGAAGGAGGGUUGGGUAUAAGGGAAUGUAUAAAAUGGAAUGAAGCUGCAGUGACAAAAUAUGUGUGGAAUAUAGCAAACAAAGAAGACAACUUGUGGGUGAAAUGGAUCAACCACAUCUAUCUGAAGGGAGAAGAUUGGUGGCAGCAUAGGCCAUUAAAAGACAACUGCUGGUACUGGAGAAAAAUUUGUGACAUCCGUGACAUAUAUGUAACUAGAUACAUAGGAAAUGGCUGGCAAUCGAGGACAGGGAAGUACACAAUCAAGAGUGGCUAUAAUUGGAGAAGAGGAAGGCUAGAUCAAUGGCCUUGGUGCAGAGGAGUGUGGAAUAAAAUGAAUGUCCCUAAACACUGCUUCAUUAGUUGGCUUGUGAUGAGGAAGAAACUGCUGACAAAAGAUAGAACACUGAAAAUGAAAAUAACCAAAGAUAGUGAUUGCAUGCUAUGCGUAGGAAACACAGAAUCCAUUGAACAUUUGUUCUUUGAAUGCACAUACUCAAGAAUGUGCUUGGCUGAAGUGUUAAAAUGGCUUGGGAUGAAUAUACAGAACAUGGAAGUGACGGGGAUAUGGAGAAGGAUGACUAGAAUUGCAAAAGGGAAAAUUGAAAGAUCAUUUACGAAGGCAGUUCUGGCAGUAGUCAUAUAUCAUAUAUGGAAAGCCAGGAAUGAAGCUAUAUGGAGGAAAAGAGUGCCUCGACCCCAAGUAGUGUUAGAACAGAUUCAACAUGCAUGCAAAUACAGAUGCUUGGAGAUAAUACAGAAGAAGAAGAGCAAGGGAAAUAUGAGCUCGUUUGAAAAGUUAUAUAGAUAG